ACCGAUGUCACAAAUUUCAAACAUUUAGCUUCAUCUACUAGAACUGUUUUCAUAAAAAUAUUUAAGAUAACAACAUAGAGAUUUGAGAAAUUAGACGAAUAAAUGAAAAGUACCGUGAAAUAGAUAUGGAUAUCAGUGAUUUUACAGUACAAUCUUGUCCAAAUACCGUCAUUUACAUACCAAAUUUCAUAACACCGGCAGAAGAGCAGAAAAUUUUAACAUCUGUAUACAAUGCACCCAAACCAAAAUGGGACCAAUUGACGCACAGACGCCUGUUGAACUAUGGAGGCGUUCCGCACAAAAAUGGUAUGAUAGCCGAAGAAAUGCCCGGUUGGUUGCAGAAUUAUGUGGACAAAGUAAAUAAUUUGGGAAUAUUCGAUACGAAGAAAGCAAAUCAUGUUCUUGUGAAUGAAUACUUGCCGAAACAAGGAAUUAUGCCGCAUUUAGAUGGGCCGUUAUUUUAUCCAAUAAUUACGACUAUAUCGUGUGGCUCGCACACUGUUUUGGAAUUUCUUGAGGCUAACGAUAAUAAUCCCGAAUUUUCGGAAACUUUAAUGUCAGCCAAUGAUGGUUCCAGUGACCAAAUGGACGGUAAAUUAUCGAGAAAAAUUAUGUGCAAAUUGUUCAUCGAGCCUCGAAGUCUAUUGAUUUUGCGAGACGAUAUGUACCAUAAAUAUUUGCAUGCUAUUUGCGAAAUUGAUGAAGAUGUGAUCAGUGAAAAUGUAGCGAAUUUACAGCAUUGUAGUAAUAGUUAUAAGUUAGGCGAUAAAAUCAAACGUGAGACUAGAGUUUCAUUGACCAUAAGACAUGUGCCAAAAACUUCCAAAAUGAAAUUGAAAUUAGGAAAUUAGGAAAUUUGUUGAUUUGAUAAAUGAUUAUACAUUGUGAUGCUUAAGAUUGUUAAGACGAAUUGAGAUCGUUUUUGCUUUUUGUUCUAUUUUUGUUCCAAUCAAUCAAUGGUGCUCGAUCAGUAAGAUAUAUAUUUAUAUUGAGGUAAAAAAUAAGUUGAGAUACGAAAAAUUUGGCGGAUGAAAACACUUUAUGUUAGUGUCUUAGCAGAUCACUGAAAGAAAAUGUUAUUUCAAGUAUUAUAGGCGUCGUCGUCGUUAAAACACAUUUUU